AUGGUAACGGCAUUAUUGGCGCCACAGAAAGUUGCCGGAAUGAUUAUUGUAGAUGUAUCACCCGCGUCAUCGCCGAAUAAAUUUAAUGAUGUUUCCCUUAAUAUUAUGAAGUCAAUGAGCGCCCUGUCCUUUAAAGGGGACAAGAAAUUGGAAGAAGCUAAAAGAAGGGCGAAGAAACAUCUAAAGGUUACCGUAAGUGACGAUGUGACAAUGGACUUAGUCCUUUCGAAUUUAAUUUUGAAAUCCGAUCACACCAUUGGCUGGUCCUGCAACAUCGAGGUUUUGUUAAAAUAUUUCGACGUAAUCGCCUCGUUCCCUCGCUUAAAGCGGAAGAAAUAUUUCGGACCCACAUUCUUUAUCGGUGGUCAGUUAUCAGAAUGUUUACCGCCUUCAGACAUUAACGGCAUUAAAGUUCUCUUUCCGAACGCCAAUCUUAAAUAUGUUUCUGGCGCAGGUUUCAUUGUUAGGUCACAGUAUGGGCGGUCGAACUGCCAUGGUACUGUCACUGUUAUGUGUUAUGAAUCGGUGAACUUUUAUAUUGAAAAA